AUGGACAAAAGACCUAACAACCAGCCUUUACGCCCAGAGCUGGACCUAAAGAAAACCAAAGCACGCAAAACAACAUAUUUUUUCCAACCACAGAACACGCUAUCUUUCAACCCCAGAAAGAGGCAAGACGAGUGCCACAACAAACAAGGCACCGAACAAAACACAAACGGAACGCCUGAACAACCGGCAAUUCAAAAUAUCAAGACUCUACCUGAACAGAGCUCAGAUGAUAGUUUCGAAGGUGUGAGAUGGCGUGGAGGGGCUAGUCCGCGUCGUCAGGUCGAUACCAGAUGUAUACUCUCAUCGCCUUUAAAGAAUGGUGAUAAGCUUAAUACGCGUUCUGGUGCUUCCGAGACCGUGACCCCUGCAAUGAAUAAUGAGGUAACAGACUCGUUUCUCUCGAAAUACGGCCUAGGGUUCGAGAAUGUACUUUCUCAAACUCCUCAGACAGCUCAAGCUCAAGCAAACAAAACACACCUAAACGUGAGCCCCACGUUGGCGAGGUCAAAACUGUUCGACCCCACUUGCAUUACGUCAAAAAAGACGCCUUCCCCCGACCAAUUCAGCACGCCGUCUCUCUCAAGGCUAAAUACAUGGAUUGAUAGAUUUGCCACUAAUCUGCCUCAAACAACACCUGAGACAACAUUCAAAAAGCCACAUCUUGCAUCCAAAGAGGACAAUAAGUCUGAUGAAGACCCCUUUUCUGACGACGAUUCAGUUUUGGCCACUUUGAACGUGGAGCAAUUUUCCACAGCGGUAGCUACUCAAAAACAAGCGGCCAAAUCAACGGAGCCGUGCACCAGCAUACCAUUGGAAACAGGCAAAGAUGAUUCUCUUGCGGAGUCUGAUCCUUUCACCGAUGAAAUCGAUAUUGAGGACUUAGAAAAGAGGGUCUCGACAACACAGCAUCAGCCAAAGCAUAUCCUGAAAGAAGAGGUUCUUUUAGACAAGCUUCAAAAGUCCAUCAAGGCAGAGAAGAGAGAAGAUAUCGGAGCUAAGGUUUCAUUCUCAAGGUCCGACUUCAUAAGGUACGAGGUUGUUUCAGUCUUUCAGGGCGUUUAUUCCUUCCAAAACCACAAGAGAAAACAAUUGAUUCUCUCAGUGAAGGACAAGGAGGGCAUUCAAGGUAGGCUUAUCGUGAGGGGCGACUCCUCCGAGCUCAGCAUUCAGGCCAACGACAUAAUUCAUGUCAUUUUGACCUGCCCAGAUACACCUAAACUCGUUGAUAAUUCGCAUAACUUGCUAAUAUGGAAUCCGGAUGUAUUAGUAACAUCAACAGUGGUGGCUGAUCAACUAUUCUGUCCUAGAAAAACGGUCAUCAUGAAACGUUUCAAGUUCCCCGGCUAUUCCACGCUUCCGCUCUUAACUGGUACAAUCGUGCAUGAAAUCUUCCAAACCUGUUUCAUCACUGAGAGAUUCGAUAAUGCGUAUCUCGAGGAGCUACUUGACAAUGAAAUCAAAGGACGCCUCAUAGAAAUUUACAUGAUAGGAGAUGUGGUCAAUGAGUUAAAAGGGAUGAUACGAGAACGUCUCCCAUUCAUCACGUUGUGGUUUCAAACUUUCUACAAGAAACCCCCUGUUGAAAUUCCAACGAAUCAACGAAAUCAAAAAAUUCGGUUUUCCGUCGCUGACGGCUUAGACCUUGAAGAGAGUGUAUGGUCACCCAUGUUUGGAUUGAAGGGUAUGGUUGAUGUAACACUCAAAGCUAACUUUAAAGGAGAAUUUUCGACGUCUCAGGCACUCCUUCCAAUGGAAAUCAAAACCAGCCGACCUUACCUUAGUCAUCAAGCUCAAGCUGCAUUAUACUCGCUCCUUUUUAAGGAUAGGUAUAACUUCGACAUAUCUUCAUUUCUUUUGGUGUACGCACUGGACGAAGGUCUGACGACGAAACACGACAUUUCAGUACCUGACCUCAAGUCACUCAUACAUCUUCGCAAUCAAAUAUCAUUUUUCCUAAAAAGUGGUCAAAAUGAUUUACCAGACUUGAUGAGACAGCAAAAAUGUGAUAAGUGUAUGAUUCAGGAGGCUUGUAUGACUUUAAACCGAAUCACAGAGGAUGGAACUGCUGAUGAUAGCGGUAUUGACAAAGACGUAUACGAGAAUCUUAUGUUACACCUUGAGGGUAAGCCACAUUAUGCUGCAUUUUUCAAAUAUUGGAAUGAGUUACUCACACAAGAGGAGCAUUUUUUGGAUAAGUUCAAUCGCGAUCUUUGGGUCUUCACAGCUCAAGAGCGGGAAACUGAACGUGGAAAGGCUAUCGCAGACCUUGUGAUCUCAGGCCAAAGGCAAUCAGAUGAGAACGGCUUAUUCUUCUACACCUUUGUAAGAAAGCCAGGAACGUUAUUCAAAUCGAUGCAAAAUACCCAGAUUACUAAGAACGACAAGGUUGUGAUCAGUGACGACCAGGGCCGAUUCGCCCUCUCACAAGGGUAUGUUCGAGAAGUUUGGCCCGACUCAAUCACUGUUUCGACCAGAAGGCGCAUAAUUCCGACCUCUCUGAAAACGGAUAAGUUUCAUAGGGCAAGUGUUUUGAAAGCAAGUCAACAAAACUCACAAGAGUUCAAGUCCGCAGUGAUAUUUCGCAUUGAUAAGGACGAAAUGUUUUAUGGAAUGGGCGUGGCAAGAUAUAAUUUGCUAAACUUGUUCUUGAAAUCAGGAGAUUCCAAGAGACGAGAACUCAUAGUUGAUUCGAGAGCUCCUGUUUUUGAUAAGUCAACGCAGAACGUCGUCGAUGCGCAAUUCAACGAAGACCAGAAACAUGCCAUGGAUAGAGUCUUAGCAAGUCAAGAUUACACUCUUAUACUUGGCAUGCCUGGAACCGGUAAAACAACCUUGAUUGCGCACUUGAUCAAAGACCUCAGCAGUAAAGGAAAGUCGGUCCUCUUAUGUUCUUACACCAAUUCGGCUGUUGACAACAUUUUGUUGAAGUUGAAAGGCCUUGGUGUUGAUUUUCUUCGGGUCGGAAAUGCUUCAAGAAUUCAUCAGGAUAUAAAACCAUAUAUUCCUGGUUCUGAGGAUUGUCCUGUGGACUCCUACGAUGACUUUGAACUCGUUUACAGAGGACCUAUGGUUGUGGGGGCAACUUGUCUUGCUAUAGGAGAUAUUGCGUUCAGUGUACGUGAACAUUUUGACUAUUGCAUCAUCGAUGAAUCUUCGCAGGUGUCCCUUCCACUUUCACUCGGUCCAUUGGCCCUAUGUGACAAAUUUGUACUUGUUGGCGAUCAUUUCCAGCUUCCGCCACUUGUCACUAAUCCCAAUGCCGAGGUGAAGUCUGGUUUGUCGACCUCGCUUUUUCAGAAACUUGCGAAUGAACAUCCGGAGAGCGUUUGUGAGCUCACAUACCAAUACAGAAUGUGCGAGGAGAUCAUGUUACUCUCGAAUGCUUUGGUAUAUGAUGAGAAAUUGAAGUGUGGCUCCUCAGAGGUUAGCAAACAAAGUCUAGAGAUACCUAACAUCAAUAACCUCGUCUCAGGUGUCAAGGACGGUGAAUCAAUCGCCGACCGUUGGUUGGACGAAGCACUCAGAGAGGAGACGAAGUGCCUUUUUUUCAAUCACGACUCUUUGGAAGGGUAUGAAUCCAUUACAGGAGACAAUGUAACAAAUCUAACUGAGGUCGCAUUGAUCAGAGAAACUGUCGAAGCACUAUGUGCUUGUGGGGUCAAGGAGAGCAGUAUCGGCGUAAUGACAUUGUAUCGCUCCCAGUUGAAGGUGUUAACAGAGGCAUUCAGGCAUCGCCCAUCGUUGGAGAUUCUAAACGCAGAUCGUUUCCAAGGUAGAGACAAGGAUUGCAUCAUAAUCUCCCUUGUCAGGUCAAACAAAGAAAGGAAAGCUGGAGAUCUCAUCAAAGAUUGGCGAAGAAUGAACGUUGCGCUUACUCGUGCAAGGUCCAAGCUUCUCAUAUUUGGCUCACUUUCGACUCUUUCGAACACUGAGACCAUAAAGGAAUUCAUAAGUCUAUUCAAACGCAAGACUUGGAUAUACCAUCUUCCAUCAAACGCAAGACGUGUUUACGACUUCGAAGCUUCCACGAGAGUCCUGAAGGAUAUUGACGUCACGAAGAAGAGACAUCUUUAA